CAUCUCGAAGCGGAGAGGUACGUUUCCUCAUACCCCAAAAACCCUAACCCUAACUUAAAGGUUUUUUCCCCCUUCCUUUUGAUCCCGAGUUUGAUUUCAGAUCCCAACAAUGGUUUUUUCUAACAAGCUCGGAAGUCUCUUCAAACAAGCUGUUAAUGCCUCAAACUCAUCUGUACUCCAAGCUAUACGAUGCAUGUCAUCUUCCAGACUUUUUGUUGGAGGACUCUCCUAUGGUACAGAUGAUCAGUCCUUGAGAGAAGCAUUUGCUUCCUUUGGUGAAGUGACUGAAGCAAGGGUUAUUUUGGAUCGGGAGACUGGCAGGUCCAGAGGGUUCGGUUUUGUAAGUUUUACAUCCACUGAAGAGGCUUCUAGUGCCAUGAGUGGUCUGGACGGGAAGGAACUCCAUGGGCGCAUGGUCAGAGUGAAUUAUGCUACUGAGCGCACUGGUGGUUUCCGUGGUGGCGGCGGGGGGGAGGGAGAGGGCGGAGAUGUUAUGCUAGCGCUGGCCAGGAUGACCAGUUCAAGGGUGAUGAUGAGUAUGCUGACAGGCAGUAAUUGCAUCAUACGCAACGAAACUCAAUCUUGA